UUUCUACGUGCUUGUCGCCUUUGAUCUAUUAACAAACGCAAACGCGCUUCCUGAAACACAGCGAUCACACUAAUGCCCUUCUUAUUAUAAAGCUUGUGCAGAAAUGACAUUUUUACGCGAGUUAAAUGUAAGAUGUCCCGCGUGGUCGUGUAUUCUGUAAUCGUGGGUGGACUGACCUCCGCUGACCUGUGAACUUGCGCAUUAAAGACCACCGGUCAGAAACAUGGACCACCGUAAUGACAGCAAGAAGACGGAGCCCAGAAUCAUCGAGAAGAAAUGUUCAUGGGCGUCGUACAUGACCUACUCCCCCACGGUGAUAGUGAUGAUCGGACUCCCCGCGAGAGGAAAGACGUAUAUAUCAAAGAAACUGACACGCUACCUCAACUGGAUCGGGGUUCCAACAAAAGUCUUCAAUCUGGGUGUUUAUAGACGCGAGGCGGUGCAGUCGUACAAGUCCUUCGAUUUCUUCCGUCAUGACAACCAAGAAGCCAUGAAAAUCAGGAAGCAGUGUGCGAUCGUGGCUCUACAGGAUGUGAAGUAUUAUUUCAGUGAGGAGGGGGGCCAGAUCGCGGUUUUCGAUGCCACAAACACGACCAGAGACAGAAGGAACCUCAUUCUGAGUUUUGCGCAGGAGAACUCGUAUAAGGUGUUUUUUGUUGAAUCCAUUUGUGAUGAUCCUGAAGUCAUAGCUGCCAACAUCCUGGAUGUGAAGGUGUCCAGCCCAGAUUAUCCCGAGCGACACAGAGAGAGCGUUAUGGAUGAUUUUCUCAAAAGAAUCGAGUGCUACAAAGUGACAUAUCAACCGUUAGAUCCUGAUCGACAUGACAAAGAUCUGUCGUUAAUCCAGGUGAUCAACGUGGGUCAGCGUUUCCUGGUCAACCGUGUUCAGGACUACAUCCAGAGUAAGAUUGUGUACUACCUCAUGAACAUUCACGUACAGAAACACUCCAUAUACCUCUGCCGGCACGGAGAGAGCCAACACAACCUGCAGGGCUGCAUCGGGGGGGAUUCAGAGCUCUCCAGCAGAGGAAAAGAGUUUUCUAUAGCCCUGCGUGGGUUCCUGGAAAGCCAGAAGAUCCCAGACCUGAAGGUGUGGACCAGUCAACUCAGACGCACCAUCCAGACGGCGGAGGAACUGGGCGUGCCGUACGAGCAGUGGAAAAUACUGAACGAGAUUGAUGCUGGUAUUUGUGAGGAGAUGACGUAUGAAAAGAUACAAGAAACAUAUCCAUAUGAAUAUUCUCUCAGAGACCAGGACAAAUAUCACUACAGAUACCCAGGUGGAGAGUCGUAUCAGGACCUGGUUCAGCGUCUGGAGCCUGUCAUCAUGGAGCUGGAAAGACAAGGAAACGUGUUGGUCAUCUGCCAUCAGGCUGUCAUGCGCUGUCUGCUCGCUUACUUUCUGGACAAGAACGCUGAUGAUUUGGCCUAUCUGAAGUGUCCCCUCCAUGUGGUUCUGAAACUCACUCCAGUGGCUUACGGCUGUAAAGUCGAAAUGUUUGACCUGAAAGUUGAAGCCGUGAAUACACACCGGGACAGACCGCUGGGCAGCAGCAGACACCAGAUGCCGCCCACUUUGCUCAGGAGAAACAGCUUCACGCCGCUGUCCAGUCAAGAUCAAGUGAAAAGGCCUCGUCUGUUCAGUGUGGGCAAUCCACCGCGGUUAGCAAGUUUUCCCGCUUUAUCCUCCACACGAUUCCAAGGGGCACAGGAGAGCGAGGAGCUGAAUGAGAGCCAGGAAAUCAUGGACUGCUUCAGCCCAUCAGGCUCAAAAGAUGCCGUCCAGCAGUGAAAGCACAAACCAGCAAUUUUAUUGCACAGGUCAACUUAACUUAAAAAUGUUCCACACGUUAACGAAAUUAAGAUCACAGUGUAACAAAUGCAGUUGUGUAGCUUGGAGAAUUGGUACAUUUCCCGGCUGUUUUGUGUAGCACAGGCAAUAACUGCCCAAUGCCAAUGAUCUCCAUCUUUAAAAUGAGAUUGACCCACAUUGAUAAACUAUUUACAAUAGACGCUGCAAUUAUUUUUAUUAAAAAAUAGGAAUUGUAAUCUUUAAUUUCACUGGUACUUAAAGCCGAGUGGGUAUGGGUUAAGCUGACUGGUUCUUCAGUUUCAGGUGAAACUUUAUUUGCAUUAUAUUUCUAAUUCUUGCGUCCUAAAAUUAUGCCACCGCCACAAAUGAAACUCAGGCUGAAUUUUUAUUUGUGUUUAGAUGUUAGGUGAUGUUAUUUUUGAGUGUCUAUCACAGCGUUGCAGUGCUUACAGUUUUUGAUGUUUGUAAUUAUUGUAUUGCAUUUAAUGAAUGUCUGAUGAUGUGAUGUCAUACGACAAGGAAAGGCCUAUAUAUGUUCCACUGUACUUUCCCUUCUUUUAUAAUUGAGAAAAGGGACAUCAGGGUAGUUGUUUUAAGAGAAGUGAUUGUUUUUAACGGUGAUGAAUGUGUCUUUUUUAAACAAAAACAAACGCAAAGUAUCGCCAUUUAUAGGGUUAUGUAACAGUUCUUAGUCUCGAGCCUCCUUUGAACUACUGAGUAUAGUGCUAUAAUAUUUAAUGAUCUUAAACUAUGAAAAGCUUUAAGCUAAUUUUACAUUGAAUGCUUUGUUUUGUCUUAGAUUCGUAGAGAUAUUCUGUAGCGAUCUGUUUUGUGAAUUUUGCAUGUCUUAUUUUAAGUAAGUGACGCAAAAAAUAUGUUGUUAAAUUAAAGCGUAAUGUACUUUUUAUGUAUAACAGUUAUGAAAGUAUACUGUAUUCUGUUAGUCAAAUGACACACAACGUUUCUGCAUUGCAGUUGCUUGCAGCUUACACUGUGUCUACACCGGACGCGUCAGGCGCGGCGACAUGACAACCUGCUUGAUCUCAAUGGGUUUCUAGUGUCGCGUCCAGUGUGGACAAUUUUUUUUAUUAUAAUGGGUUCUCAUGCGUUUUUAAUGUCUUUUGUCGUGUUGCGUCGCGCAGGUCGCAUCUGGUGAAGAAAAGGUGUAAAUAGACUACAGUACAAAUAUAAAUACGAUGACAUCAUUAGGAUUGUUGUAGAUACAGUAAGUGCCUUUGCAUUGCAACCUAAGUGUAACCGAUGAAAGCCUUCGAUGCCAUUAAUAGCCCAAUCAUCUGUCGAUCAAACGCCACUUUUUGUUUUAUCACAAUGUAGUUCAGAAAAAGAAUUGUGUUCUGGUUUCAUUUUGAAAUAUUUAUUAUCACAAUAGCAAUGUAAGUACCGUAUGUAAAACUGUAUGACAUCAUGUCAUUGUAGUCGAUGAGGCCUCUGUGAUCCAAUAAACCUCUGAUGA